CUGAAUCAUUAUCUUUUUAACUUUUACAUAUCACAAUGGCUUAUGCUUCUUGUAGGAGUGCUUUCUUCACCUUUCUUCUAAUUCUUACCUUUCUUUCAUUUUCCCACAUCAAAGUGUCUGAAGCACAAGCCAAACCUCCUCCUAUAGUUAAGAAGGGACUAUCAUGGACCUUCUACGAUUCAAAAUGUCCUAAGCUUGAAUCUAUCAUCAGAAAGAUCUUCAAUGAUGAUGUUGGUCAAGCUGCUGGCUUUCGUCGCCUUCACUUCCAUGCCUGCUUUGUCCAGGGUUGUGAUGGAUCAGUAUUAUUGGAUGGAUCAGCAAGUGAGCCAAGUGAGAAAGAUGCACCACCAAACUUGAGUCUUAGGAAAGAGGCCUUCAAGAUAAUCGAAAAACUUCGUAGUCCCAACAAAUUUGAUAAUAAAUACUACCUUGAUCUUAUGAACCAUCAGGGUCUCUUUACUUCAGACCAAGAUUUGUACACUGAUAAGAGGACUAAGGAUAUUGUUACUAACUUUGCUGUGAAUCAAUCUUUGUUCUUUGAGAAAUUUGUUGCUGCUAUGCUUAAAAUGGGGCAGCUUAAUGUUUUGACUGGAACUAAAGGAGAGAUUCGAGCUAAUUGCUCUGUUAGGAAUAAGGGUAGCAAAUCAUUUCUUACUUCUGCUGUGGAAGGAUUUUUAGAAAUGUGAUAACUACUAGGAAAUAUUUGUUUCUCUUUUCAAGAGGUUAGUUUUACCAGAAUGUAAUAAUGUUCCUUACUUGUACUAUAAGUAAUGGAAAAUCUAAGUGAGUGCUUUUUCAUUUUGCAUACUUGCAAGAAAGUUAAUUUGGAAAAAUAAAAGCUUGUAU